UAAGUUGACAGAUACUUAGUUCAUGAAUCAAAAGAUAACACAUCAAUUGUUAUUAAUUUCAUCCACUGUAAUACAGUAUUAAUACUUCAUCCAAAUUAAGAAAAGGUAUUUGAAGAAAAUAGAGAUGCUAUUUAUAAUAAUAUAGUAUUUUUAAAAAUCGAAAAUCGAGAUUACCCGAGUGGAGUGGACACUAGACAAACGUGCAGAUUGUGUAUACCAUAUAAAGGAUAAGUCUUAUUAGUCCAAUUAUAUUAGGAGAGUCCCCAAAUGGAUUUUCUGUUAUGUACAACAAAAAAGAUUUCCUUUUUAUAAAUCUUUUUUGUGUUCUUGAUUGGCAUUAGACAACAAUGGGGUUUGAGACAGAUGAAGCAAGUUCAUCAACCCUGAAAAUACCUGGAGAGGAUGUGCCAUUUUUGGGCCAAAAUCAACAACUUUCUUCUCCUUCAAAGACUUCUGCAAAUAUUUUCAUGUUUUUAGUUGGUGCUGGAGUUCUUGGACUUCCCUACACAUUCAAGAAAACAGGAUGGUUAAUGGGGCCUCUCUUGAUCAUCUCAAUAGCCACUCUUUCUUAUUACUGUAUGAUGCUUCUUGUUUAUUCUAGGCGUAAGCUUGAAUCACAGUUUGAAGGUGCAAAAAUCUCAUCUUUUGGUGAUUUGGGAUUUGCUAUGUGUGGACCUAUUGGUCGUUUAGUUGUUGAUGUUAUGAUUGUUCUCUCCCAAGCAUGUUUUUCAGUUGGAUACAUGAUUUUCAUUGGUAAUACUUUAGUAUAUUUGUUUAAUUCUUCUGUCACAGAAGCAAAUCCCAGAAUCUUGGGAUUUUCGCCUAAAUCGGUGUAUAUUUGGAGCUGUUUCCCAUUCCAGUUAGGGUUGAAUUCAGUUCCCACACUAACCCUUUUAGCCCCUUUGAGUAUUUUUGCUGAAAUUGUUGAUUUAGGGGCUUUGGGUGUAGUGAUGGUUGAAGACGUGUUAAUUUACCUCAAGAACAGGCCUAGUUUAGAAAUGUUUGGUGGAUUCAGUGUGUUUUUCUACGGUCUUGGUGUGGCUGUUUUUGCUUUUGAAGGGAUGGGAUUGGUGUUGCCUCUGGAAUCUGAGACAAGAGACAAGAACAAGUUUGGGAAAAUAUUGGGUUUGUCAGUUGCCUUUGUAGCAAUUUUAUAUGGUGCUUUUGGAGCAUUGGGUUACUUUGCAUUUGGGGAAGAGACCAAGGAUAUAAUCACCACUAAUUUUCGACAGGGAUCGGUUAGCAGCCUGGUGCAGCUUGGUCUUUGCAUAAACCUCUUCUUGGCUUUCCCACUGAUGAUGAAUCCAGUUUAUGAAGUGAUGGAAAGGAGAUUCUGUGAAGGCAGAUACUGUUUGUGGUUGAGAUGGCUUAUGGUUUUGACAGUCUGUUUUGUGUCAUUGACAGUACCUAAUUUUGCUGAUUUCAUGUCAUUGGUUGGUAGCAGUGUGAGUGUUGUUUUAGGGUUUGUGUUGCCUGCUUUUUUUCACUUGAUUGUCUUUAAGGAUGAGCUGGGCUGGUAUAGUUUAGCUUUAGAUGCUGCAUUUAUUGUCAUGGGCACAACUUUUGCAGUCUAUGGAACCUCUUCAUCCUUGGCAAAGAUCUUUUCAGAAAUGGCUUAGCUUUUUCUUUAUUUUUCAUGUGAAGAUAUUUUAUAAGAUGCAUAUUUUGCAGCCUGAUU